GCAUUACCCGCCUAUGCGGACUUCUCUCUCUGCAACUACCUUACCUCUUUCCCUCCUUUCUCCUUAUCUUCUUCCUCUCUUCGUAUUAUGAGGGAAGAAAAGGCCGUACUUUCAUGGCGGACUAUUCCAGACCUAAAUCCGCCGUCUUCCUUUCACCCUACGGAACACGACCACUCGCUUUGGAAGAACAACCACCCUUGCCUCGGCCUCACCUUGAGUCUCAAUGGCGCUGGCGCUAGGAGUAGGAGGACUAGUGUUGCUCCCACAGUCUGUAAUUUCGCCUCCCUUUCGGUUGUGGAUAAGAGAGACGGUGAACAGAAGGAGUUCGCACCGACACCGGCUCAGCUCGUUAAACACCCCUUAGCUAUUCUCGCUUUGGUCCCCAAAGACGCCGCGCUUUUCGCCGCUGGAGCUGUCGCUGGUGCCGCUGCUAAGACCUUCACUGCUCCCCUUGACCGUAUCAAGAUUCUUAUGCAGACUCAUGGGGUACGAGUUGGACAAGAAAGUGCGAAGAAGGCAAUUGGCUUCAUUGAGGCCAUAACAAUGAUAGGGAAGGAAGAGGGGCUAAAGGGGUACUGGAAAGGCAAUCUCCCUCAGGUGAUACGGGUCAUACCUUAUAGCGCCGUCCAACUUUUUGCGUAUGAAACCUACAAGAAGUUGUUUAGGGGAAAGGAUGGAGAGCUCUCUCUCAUUGGAAGACUUUCUGCAGGUGCUUGUGCAGGCAUGACAUCAACUUUUAUGACAUAUCCUCUAGAUGUCCUGAGGUUACGCCUAGCAGUUGAACCAGGUUAUCGAACAAUGUCCGAGAUUGCAUUGAGCAUGCUAAAGGAGGAAGGAGUAGCAGCAUUUUACUAUGGUUUAGGGCCGUCUCUAAUAGGAAUAGCUCCAUAUAUUGCUGUCAACUUUUGUGUUUUCGAUUUGGUUAAGAAGUCUUUGCCAGAGAAUUUUCAAAAAAAAGCUGAGGCAUCGAUGAUAACAGCCCUCGUGUCAGCUUCGCUCGCCACACUCACGUGUUAUCCUUUGGAUACUGUGAGAAGACAGAUGCAAAUGAGGGGCACACCUUACAGGACUGUAUUGGAUGCCAUUCCAGGAAUCGUGGCUCGAGAUGGACUUGUAGGACUAUACCGAGGUUUCUUGCCCAACGCUUUAAAAACUCUACCAAACAGCAGCAUUAGGCUUACCACAUACGAUUUUGCCAAACGUCUAAUAGCAAGGAGUGAAAAAGAGUUGCAGAAAAUCACCGAGGAAAAUCACCACAAGCAAAACCAAAGUGAGAAAGAUUUGCCGAAAAUUGUGGACGAAGAUAGCAACAAAAACAACACGAAAGCACCGGUGGUGGAGUGAUCUAAAUUUGUCUUAUUUCUAUUACCAAUUUUUCUAGUAGAGAUCAUGUUCUAGUGAUUAGAGUGUCCAUUAUUUCUGGUUUGGUAUCAAUUUUUUUGGGGGCCUGUAGAGUCUUGUCUAGGGGCUGUCUUAUGUAUGUCAGUCUAGUUAGGUUUUCAGUUAUUUAGUGGCAUUUAUUUUCUAUUAUUAGCCAGUUUUGUCGCUCUAAAAAAUAUUAUUUUUAGCAAUUAUCUUUCUUUCUUUUUUCUUCUUCCUUUUUUUCAUAGCUACUUUGGUUAACAAAGUGUGUAUGUUGAACACUUACACUGUGAGAUAGCAUAAAUCAUAUGCUAUUGUUUAUGGAAAGCUUGAGAUUUUGAAUUUACAGUUUA